GUUCAACAUGCACCUCCGCAGCUCUGCCCCAUGUGCACUCGCACUGAGUGGCAGGUUUUGCGCUCUGUGUGAAAGCCAGGCGGCCUCCGGCAGCGAUCAAUGGGAGGAUGAACCCCAGCACGAUCCUCGAAGAAUUUCUCAUCAAACGCUCUCAGCAGAAACGAAGGACAUCUCCAGCAAACUACAAAGAGCGCCACUUUGUUCUGACCAAAUCAAGGCUGACAUAUUUUGAAUUCCGACAGGGGAAGAAGUCAAUCGUGAAGGGGUCGAUCGACCUGGCCAAGAUCAAGUGUGUGGAGAUUGUAAUCAGUGAUAUCAGCAUUCCCUGCAGCUACAAGUACCCGUUCCAGGUCGUCCACGACAAUUAUAUUCUGUACGUUUUUGCGCCCAAUAAGGACAGCCGGCUUCGCUGGGUGUGCGCACUGAAGGAAGAAACUAAGAACAACAACACUCUGAUCCCCAAGUUCCACCCGAACUUCUGGACUGAGGGUCGUUGGCGGUGCUGCUCCCAGCUGGACAAGCUGGCGGCGGGCUGUCUGCUGUACGACCCAAACCGGGACUCAACGAAAAAGCCUCUCCCCCCCACCCCCGAACCCAACAAGCGUAAGCCUUUGCCGCCGGAGCCAGAGGAGGUUGGGAGCGGGAGGGAGAGCGAGAGGGAGCCAGAGCCCGAGGGAGAGGCGCUGGUCAUAGCGCUGUAUGACUUUCACGGCCAAGACCCACAGACACUGUCGCUGGAGAAGGAUGAGGAGUAUGUCAUCGUUGAGAAGACGGAUGUGAACUGGUGGCAAGUGCGUGACAGACUCGGAUGUGUGGGUUUUAUUCCCACCAGCUAUGUGGUGGAGAAGAAGCCGGACAAUCUACAGCAGUUUGAGUGGUACAACAAGAACAUCAUCAGGAGCAAAGCAGAGCAGCUGCUCCAAGAGGAGGGUAAGGAAGGAGCCUUCAUGGUGAGAGACUCAAGGCAAGCCGGCAUGUACACGGUGUCUGUCUACACCAAAGCUACCAGCGAAUCGUGUCCCGGAGUGAAACAUUACCACAUCAAAGAGGUGCUGGAGGGCCACAAGCGCUAUUACCUGGCAGAGAAACACGUCUUUGAUUCCAUCCCAGAACUCAUCCACUAUCAUCAGCACAAUGCCGCAGGUCUGGUCACACGCCUGCGAUACCCUGUGUCCUCCUGGAGACAGAUGGUCCCUUCAACAGCCGGCUUCAGCUACGGGAAAUGGGAGAUUGCGCCCACAGACCUGACGUUCCUGGAGGAGCUGGGCAGCGGGCAGUUUGGUGUGGUGCAGCUCGGCUACUGGCAGAACCAGUGCUGUGUGGCCAUCAAGACGAUCCGUGAGGGAGCCAUGUCCGAGGAGGACUUCAUAGAGGAAGCUCAGGUUAUGAUGAAGCUGUCUCACCCCAAACUGGUCCAGCUGUUUGGUGUGUGUACACAGACCAGCCCCAUCUGCCUGGUGUUUGAGCACCUGGAGCAUGGCAGCCUGUCCGAGUACCUGGGGCAGAACCGCGGCACCUUCAACACGGGCUCCCUGCUGGGCAUGUGCCAGGACACCUGCCAGGGCAUGGAAUACCUCGAGAGGAACCAGUUCCUACACCGCGACCUGGCCGCAAGGAAUUGUUUAGUUGGAGAGUCGCUGGUGGUGAAAGUCUCUGAUUUUGGAAUGACCAGGUUUGUGCUGGAUGACCAGUACACCAGCUCCUCUGGCACCAAGUUCCCUGUGCGCUGGUCGGCACCGGAGGUUUUCCGUUACUUUAAGUUCAGCAGCAAGUCGGACGUCUGGUCAUUUGGGGUGCUGAUGUGGGAGAUUUUCUCGGAGGGGAAGAUGCCGUAUGAGAACCGGCUGAACUCGGAGGUUGUCACUGAAAUCGCCGCUGGGUUACGGCUGCUCAAACCCAGACUUGCCCUCGACUCCCUGUACAACAUGAUGGUGCAAUGCUGGUGUGAGAAACCAGAAGAUCGGCCAUCGUUUUUCCAGCUUCAGGAUGAACUGUGUGAGCUGUCAGAGUGCGGAGAGUGAGUUCCGGGAAUGC